CCAAUUAAGUGAUCAACUAACUUCCUAACUGGCCUGCCCUACACUAACACUGGCACGACCCAACUCUAUAAGGCUAUAUGUAUCCCUCUGCCCUGUGAGCCGUGAGAUGACUACAAGCUCUGUUUUUUUUCUGAGAAGUGAAACCUUAAUAUACAUGAUAUGCCAUAAUUAUUAUGUCAUCUGCUCAAUCUAGUCCCUGCUACCCCAUGGAAAACCCAGUGAUAGAAUCUCUGCUCCGCCACAGCCAUCAUAGGUCGGGGGAGAAACGUGGCGGCGGCGGCAAGUUCUCCGCCGGCGGCCUGUUAAAAAUGUUCAAGCUCUUCCCUAUGCUGACAUCGGGCUGCAAAAUGGUGGCACUUCUGGGAAGACCCCGUAAGCCUAUGAUCAAGGACAAUGCGACGUCGGGCACAAUCUUUGGAUACCGCAAAGGGAGGGUGAGCCUGGCAAUACAAGAAGAUCCUCACUGCAUGCCAUUCUUCCUCAUAGAACUACCGAUGCACACGAGUGCUCUGAACAAAGAAAUGGCGUCGGACAUACUGAGGAUUGCGUUGGAGAGCGAGACGAAGACGCCUAAGAAGAAGCUGUUGGAGGAGUUUGUGUGGGCGGUGUAUUGCAAUGGAAGAAAAGUGGGUUACUCGAUAAGAAGGAAGCAGAUGAGCGAAGAUGAGAUGCAUGUGAUGCAGCAUUUAAGAGGGGUGUCAAUGGGUGCCGGAGUUAUUCCGAGUCCGUCGGAGAAGGAAAGUCCAGAUGGGGAGUUAACAUAUAUGAGGGCAAGAUUUCAGAGGGUGGUAGGUUCCAAGGACUCUGAAAGUCUGUACAUGAUCAACCCAGAUGGCGGUGCCCAGGGCCCAGAGUUCUGUAUUUUCUUUGUUAGAGCUCACUAGGUUAUUACUGAAAUAAUUAGGACUGCAACUCAUGUAAACAUGUCCCUUCCUUUGUCUUCUCCAAGGUGCUAAUGCAGUAUAAUAUUAAUUGAAACAAUCAAUCUCUCCAGUCUUUGACUCGUUUUUCUA